AUGAAAACUCAACAAACCAAGCUCAAAUCCACCCCACGUCCACUCUUCUCCUGUGCAUUCUUCCGCCACUGCACUCAGACUGCACUUAGUCCCACCACCUCUACUCCGCCACCGCUUCCGCUCUCUAAUUCUGAAGUGCCGCCUCCGCCCCUGCUAGGACCUCCGCUACCUCAAAAACAACAGUCCCAUCCGGAGUCCUCCUCCUCUUCUUCCUCAAACACCUCACAAAGCUUCACUCAAUGGAGGUUCCCACUUCCUAUCUCGCCUGUAUCCCACCAUUUACAAUCGCAACCAAAACUCGAACCCGACACCGUGCCGUCUAAGUGUUCGACAGCUAAUAAGAUAAACGGAGCUGCACAAAAUUCUGCUCAGCCACCGUCGCCGCCGCCUCCACCUCCACUUUCAAAUGCCAAGUUAGAAGAGCUUUUCCACGUGGCUGAGGUCCAUUUCAGUACUGGGUCGAAUUCUGAUAGGGUCAAGGCAAUAUACACGCUUGAGAGGUCACUUGUUCCAAACCCACGUGCCGCUGCCGAAGGAAGCGACACAGUGACGUGCCCGGCAGCAUUAAUGACUGGGAUAGUAGCAUGUUUGAAAGAGAGAGUGGCACCGAAGCCGGCGAGUAAAGUUUUACUAGCACUUUGUCUUGCUGAAGUUAACCGGAGCGUGGCUGUUAAUGCGGGAGCAGUCGGUGCAGUGGUGGAGGCUCUUGCAGACUCUGAAAAUGCGGUGGCGGAGAGGGCAUUAGCCUCAUUGGAGUUGCUAUGCACGGUGGAGGAGGGAGCGGUGGAGGUCAGAACCCACGCUCUAGCGGUGCCCAUGAUGGUGCAGGUUAUGGGGAAGAUGGAGGGAAGGGCAAAAGAAUACGCUAUAAGCGUGUUGGCAGUGAUAUACGGUGGCGCCGACCAUGGCAAUGGUUUAGCACCAGCUGAGGAGGUGGCGCGUGCAGUUAUGUUGGCUUUGCAUGGUGAUUGCAGUGCUAGAGGGAGAAGAAAAGGGGCCCAGCUUCUGAAGACUCUGCAAAGUAACGGACGGGUGGAUUUGACAGAAGGAGGAAGAUGA